AUGGCAUUCCUCACCCCCUUGGCACCCUCCCCCCAGGAGAAGGCUACGCCGACGCAGCAACCGGCCCCCGGUGACAGCGCUGCUCCAGCUGCUCCAGAUGGCACCUCUGCGAACCCGACUUCCACGAACCCGAUGCCCACGUACUCGUACGACACCUACCCUCGAGGCGAUCAUGCCUCCGGAAGGCCUCGCCGAGGCCCCCCGGCGUGUCACGUUACCGUCUGCCGCUUCUCCGUCUGGCCGCGUGGCCUCGCCAUGAUCCUCCCCCUCGUCGCCUCAUUCUGGGUGCCAAUCCGAUAUUUCCACUUCUGGAUGAGAGAUUCUCGGCGUAUGCAUGAUGACAUGUACCCGGAUCAUGAGCCGACGAGCCCCCUUCAGAGAACAAAUAAUGGAAUGCACUCGGAUGAUGAGCCGACUGUGCCUUACACGAUUUUCCCAAUUGGGAUGAUCGCAGCCCUGUUCAUCCUCAGCAGCAUCUAUCUCACUGUAGUUGCGUGGACAAUCAGCAAGCAACUUAGGGACAAGGAGGGAGGAAUGGCCUUCUUCGUGCAUCUCUCGCUCGCUCUUGUGCUCGCAGCGUUGGCGUAUAGCGCUGUAGCACUGGCUCCGCAUAAACCAAGCACGGUUUGGGUUCUCGCCUCCGCCACAGGGAGCAUCCUCCUGCAGGAGGCGUUCUGGGUUACGUGGGUCUAUUGCUGGGCAUCUCGAUACGGCAUUCCUGCGCGAGGCAUGUAUCGCAAGAAGCACGAGGAUCAACAAUGA